GCACCUCUGCCGCUCUCCUUGCCUCCUCUCCUGUGCGCAGUGCUCCGGCCCGGCCGCUCCUUCCUUCUUUCCUCGUUUCCUCCCCACAGCUGGCUCUCCUCUCUCUUGGAUGCUGGCUUUCCUUUCCUCACACAACCGAGUAGGAGCAAAUACUUCAGCGGGUGGAAUGACUGACUACCAGUUUUGCAUGGUCUAAAUUUCGGGAAAUUCGCACGUCGGAAAGGAGGAGAGUCAAGAGGGAAGAAGGCUCUCCAUCCCCCGGGGGAAUCUAUUUUACAGAGGUAUGCCAGUACCUGAGGUGGCGUCUGACAUUGCAAGCGCCGCCGCCAUGUUGAGCCCCGUCCUCAAUGCCUCCAACGGAGACGGCUCGGAGUCUGAAACCACCUCUGCCAUCCUUGCCUCCGUCAAGGAACAGGAGUUGCAGUUCGAACGUCUGACCAGGGAGCUGGAAGCCGAACGACAGAUUGUUGCCAGUCAGCUGGAGAGAUGCAAGCUUGGUUCUGAGACUGGAAGCAUGACUAGCAUCAGCUCAGCAGAGGAAAAGUUUCGUUGGAAUAACCAAGAUGGACAGAAGGACAUAGAGGAGGAGCUGACGACAGGCCUGGAGCUGGUGGACUCGUGCAUUAGGUCGCUCCAGGAAUCGGGCAUCUUGGAUUCGCAGGACACUUCUACAGGCGACAGACAAGGACUGCUGUCCCAAAGCGCUUUGCAGCUCAACAGUCAGGAUGCCUAUGCAGCAGCUGGUUACCAUAGUAACCAAGGGCUGGCACUUGGGGAAACAGCCUCAGCCCGUAGUGGGCAGAUCGGAGGGGCAGUUCACAGCUACAACCAGGUGACAUCAAGCCGUGCCGCUGCCCAUUUGGUGGGCACAGACUCUCCCUCUCAGUCCCAGAGAGACUCAUUUGCCCAGCAGGCCCUUGGCAGCGCCUUUCACAUGCCUACAGAGGGUGGAUCUACACCCGUUGGACCACCCAUGUAUUACUCCUGUGCCACUUUGCCUGCACAGCGUGUGAGCUCUCCUCUGCAGGCAGUGGGAUCUCCUACUAAGCUGCAGCGCCUGGGAUCAGCCUCCGCCGACAUGCCCAGCUACGCCACGCUACAAAGAGUGUCCUCACCCAAACAGUCACCCAGCCGACUCGCCAAAUCCUACAGCACCUCAUCGCCCAUUAACAUGGUAGCAUCAGGUGGCCCUGGUUCCUCCUCUCCUCUCCCCAUGGCUGCCUCCCCCGGGGGAAACCACUCCUCGUCGCCCAUCCACCAGCUCAGCUCGGCAGUGGGGAGCUAUGCCACCUUGUCGCCCACCAAGCGCAUGCUGCAUCACAUCGGAGCAGACACCUAUAAGAUCUCUCAUGAGCUUUACGCCAACGCAACCCUGCAAAGGCCUGGUAGCCUGGCAGGUAGAGGUUCCAGAGGUUCCUACAGCAGCCAGCACAGUCACCUGGGCUCUGAACUGCGACCCCUUCAGUCUCCAGAACACCACAUCGACCCCAUCUAUGAGGACCGCAUCUACACCAAACCCAACCUUAGAGGACAAGCCCCGUCUUCCCCCGGUGUUGAUCCAAUCCCCUUGCAGCGAACAGGGAGCCAGAGCGCAGCCGGCACCUUUCAGAGAGGUAGCUUCACAACAGGAGGCGGAGCUGCUGACUAUGCCAAUCCAUACCGCACUCUGCAGUUCUGCCCAUCCACCGAGUCGCCUUACAGCAAGUCAGGCCCUGCCCUUCCUCCUGAAGUUGCUCUGGGCCGGUCCCCAUCAGUGGACAGCAUUCAGAAGGAUCCAAGGUACGACCCCGAAUUCCUUGUGUGGAAUCAAAAUCAAGCCGAGCAAAGAAUGACAAAGGAGUUCGGCUGGAGGGAUCCAGAGCUGCCAGAGGUGAUCCAGAUGUUACAGCAUCAGUUUCCAUCAGUACAGUCUAACGCUGCUGCUUACCUCCAGCACCUCUGCUUUGGAGACAACAAGAUCAAAUCUGAGAUUCGACGGCAGGGUGGAAUCCAGCUGCUGGUGGACCUGUUGGACCACCGGAUGACAGAUGUGCACCGCAGCGCCUGCGGAGCCUUGAGGAACCUGGUGUACGGCAAAGCCAACGAUGACAACAAAAUCGCCCUGAAGAACUGCGGAGGUAUACCCGCUUUGGUCCGACUGCUACGGAAGACCACAGACGUGGAGAUCAGAGAGCUGCUCACAGGUGUUUUGUGGAAUCUGUCGUCAUGUGAUGCCCUGAAGAUGCCCAUCAUCCAGGAUGCCCUGGCUGUGCUGACCAACGCUGUGAUCAUCCCACACUCAGGCUGGGACACCUCCCCACACACACAGGAGGACCGCAAGCUGCACCUACAUUCCUCCCAGGUCCUCCGCAACGCCACAGGCUGUCUCAGGAACGUGAGUUCUGCAGGCGAGGAAGCCCGGAGGAGGAUGAGGGAGUGUGAGGGCCUAACGGACGCCCUGCUCUACGUCAUCCAGACCGCUCUGGGGAGCAGCGAGAUUGACAGCAAGACCGUCGAAAACUGUGUGUGCAUCCUGAGGAACUUGUCGUACCGUUUAGCUGCAGAGACAUCUCACAGCCAGCAGGGGGGGUCUGAGGAGUUGGACGGUUUGUUGUGCGACACUGGCGGCAAGGAUGCAGAGAGUUCUGGGUGCUGGGGCAAGAAAAAGAAGAAAAAGAAGGGGCAUGACCAGUGGGAUGGUGUGGGCCCAUUUCCAGACUUGGCGGAGCCCCCGAAAGGCAUCCAGAUGUUAUGGCACCCCACUAUCGUCAAGCCCUACCUCACACUGCUGUCUGAGUGUUCCAACCCAGACACCCUGGAGGGAGCAGCUGGGGCUCUGCAGAACCUAGCUGCUGGCAGCUGGAAGUGGUCCGUUUAUAUCCGAGCUGCGGUGCGCAAAGAGAAAGGUCUUCCUAUCCUGGUGGAGUUACUGAGGAUAGACAACGAUCGGGUGGUCUGCGCUGUGGCUACAGCCCUGAGAAACAUGGCCCUGGACAUCAGGAACAAGGAGCUCAUCGGUAAAUACGCCAUGAGGGACUUAGUACACCGUUUACCCGGUGGUAGCAACAACAACAACACCAGCAGCGGGGGAGGAAGCACCAACAGCAGCGGUCUGGUAGGGAAGACCAUGUCUGACGACACCAUCACAGCUAUCUGCUGCGCUCUGCAUGAGGUCAUCACCAAGAACAUGGAGAACACCAAAGCCCUGAGGGACGCCGGCGGCAUUGAGAAGCUGAUCAGCAUCGCCCGCAGCAAGGGAGACAAAAUUCCCAGACAUAGUCCUAAAGUGGUGAAAGCAGCAUCUCAGGUGCUGAACAGCAUGUGGCAGUACAGAGACCUACGCAGCCUUUAUAAAAAGGAUGGUUACUCUCAGUACCAUUUUGUCGGCUCCUCCUCCACAAUAGAGCGAGACAGACAGCGACCUUAUUCUUCCUCUCGUACACCGUCCAUCUCUCCGGUACGGACUUCACCUAACAAUCGAUCAGCAAGUGCUCCCGCGUCCCCCAGGGAGAUGAUGGCACUGAAGGAGAGGAAGACAGACUACGAUUCAACUGGCAAUGCUAGUUACCAUGGCAACAAGGGCGAGCACACAUCCCGAAAGGACGCCAUGACAGGUCAAAUCUCUGGUGGUUCUUCAACACUACACAGAGGAGCAUACGUCUCCCCCACUGAUGAUCUAAAGUAUAAUCAGGUCUCUUCUCAAGGCUUGCCAUCAGAGCCUUACCCCCCUUUCCAAAAUCCUCCCCCACCAGAUAGCGGCAACUAUGAGGACCAGGCCUUCUAUGAGAACCAGGUUCAUGCAGGAGGGCGGCCCCCACAGGGUGAACUCAACAUGCAUCUGCAGGGCCUCAAGUCCACCGGCAACUAUGUAGACUUCUACUCAGCCUCGCGGCCCUACAGUGAGCUAAACUAUGAGACCAGCCACUAUCCAGCCUCACCAGACUCUUGGGUCUGAAGCCAGAUGAGGGUGGAGGAGGAGGAUAGGAUGAAUGAUGGAAUACAGAAUGAUGAAGAAGUUAGUUUUUCUGAGAGACGUUUCUCCUCCCUCCUCAUCCUCCCCUGUAGUUCCUGAGUAGCAUUAUAGAUAGCAAGAUGAAGGAGGGGGAGGAAGGAGCACAACAAGAUAGACUUGAGGAGAGGACCUUAUACUUCUUUCAGAGACGUCUGAGGGACAUGGGAGAGGGAACAAAAGAAGACCAGAAGCAACCGGAGGAGCUGCCACGCAUGUGCAUGCACACCACCACCCAAACUGACAGACACAUUUUCUUUCUGUGUUAAGUUUGUGAUUAGCAACUGGAAGAGAGGGCCCUGCAGGCAGAAAGGCCCCCUUAGGGCUCUUGAAGGUUUUUGGAUACAGAAAGUAAAAAGAAAAGAUGGCUUUGACAGGGCUGGGUACGUGAAGGAAAUGCAUUAAUCAUGCAUUGGAAUUAAAAGGGACAAUGAAAGAGAAAAAAAUGGAUGAGUGGACUAGGAUGGGAGGUUUUGCAAUGCAAACCAAACGUUUCAGAUACCUGAGUGCAACCUGUAAAUAUGUGGUAUAGAAACAUGGCUUGUAGUAAUGUCAAGCACAAGAAGCAGAGCUGUAGGACACGUAGGUCUGUCACACAAACUUUGGUUUCUCUCAUGGCUUCGGCGGGACGUAUCCUCUGGGCGAAGAAUGCCUCUGGACAUUUGUAAAAGUUUUCUUUUUGUUGUUGUUGUUGCUCUUUUUCUUUUGUUGUGUUUCUACUUUUUUAAUUCUGGUUGUAUAGUAUUUGAUGUACACUGUACAUUUACGGAGAUGCAUUGUGUACUGUACAUUGCACUAUUUUCUGUGUCAUGUCAGGCCUUUCGCCACUGAGUCAGCCUCACCUCCUCACUAACUAUCCCCUCCACACACACAAUAACUGUAAGACUCACAUCAUGGAUGUCGACGUGUUAUUAAUGUGAAACACUAGAUAUGAAUUGCUAGGUCACGGUGCUCCUUUCACUGCCCUACAAAUAGCAGACAAUAUAGCUGAAAAGAGGUUAAAUUAAGUUGAACAGCUUCUUCUACUCUGCCAGAUUUUCUUUUCUUUCAAGGCUAAGCUUUGGUGUUUUGGCACCUAUCUUUCCACAUUAACAUUAAGUCCUUUCUUUUUUUUUUGUUCCUGUGUCCCUUCCUUCGAGGGCUCCUGUCCCUCAUUGUGUAUAUAACCGUGCCAAACAAGCGUUACUUCCCCCCCUUAGCUAAAGGGGGAGAGGGGGUGUUAAGGGUGCGUUAAAGGGUCCAAGUUAAGCUGAAGGGUUUCAGCUGAACAGCAGUUCUAAAGAUGCCAGUUUGUAAAUGCUUUGGUUUUUCUAAAACUGUGUUUUACUGAGAUGAGAACUGUCUAACUGACAGCAGGAAGAAAAACAAACAAAAAAUAGGAAAAAAAAAAAAACCCACAAAGGGAUUGGAUAGAGCCUCACUUUACUGAAAAUUGUAGAAAAUUCUAAGUUGAUUUCUGUGUUGUAAAAUAAUCAAUGUUUGAAGUACCAAAAAAUACCCAAAAAAAAAGUAAAAAAAAAAAAAAAAAAAUGUUUUCUGAGAGAUGGGAGGCAGUUCUAACUUCAUGGUAGACAAAUCUGUUAAUAGAGUACGGAUAUAUAUUAUAUAAAUAUAAAUAUAUACUUUUUAUGUGCAGAUGUGGAUGUCACUUAUAGCAGCAACAUUAUGGGGAAAAGACUUGUAAAAAGAAAAAAAAAAAGAUAAACAGCUACAUGUAGGAAUUUUUGUUCAAUUCUUAUUUUCUGGUUAACACACUAAAAUGUCAACUUUGUGUAGUAAUGUUGUUGCAAUGUGGAGUAGAGUAGACCAGGGACCAGGGAUCUACGUUGUCACCGAAGCAGUUCAAAAUCCUGAAACAUCCGUGAGAAGUAUUUCCAACAUGUCUGUAUUUCAACUGUGCACAAAAUGUCUGCUCCACCAUCCCCGCCUGCUCCACUGAUAACAAACCACAGAUUGUCAGGUGCGAGUUUGAUGUUUUACACAUGCACGCACACCCCAACACACACGUACACACACACACAUACACACCUUCUAUCUGAUCAGUUCUCAUUGUGUCAAGUAGCAAAAGCUGCACCCAUGAAUGCAUGAGUAUUUUGUCAUAAAGUGAGAAAGGCUGAGUUAUAAAAGGUGACAACAGACCCCGGCUCUUCCUACCCACUGCUGUUUAGUCCUAGAGGUUACCUUCCGAUGCGACUCAUAAUGCAACUGUUCCUCACAAACACACUGGAUGAAAAGCAGGUGUGCUGUAUCUGUAAGUAAGCAUCUGGAAACUGACAACGUUAUGUAUGUCUUUGUGAUCCUUAGGCAGAAAACCUGACUUUUAAGACCUGUAUGGAGAUAUAACGUCGGUGCCCUUUUUGUUGCUAGACCAAAUGUGUUUUCAAAAGAGAAUUGUGAAUCUUUCUAUUGCCUCAAACAGAUUGCAACUGCUCUAAAGAAUAUAAACAGACCAUCAAAGAACCUCUCAUUUCUUGAGUAGUUUGUUCUUGUGUACAGAAAAAAUGGUCCUAGUUGUUUAUAGUGGGUUUGAAAUGGGUCAUUUCCAGAGCGUCCAAAGCCUAUCCCUGCAGGGGAAGCUGCUUUAGGCCAGGUUUUAAGACACAGAGAGAGUUUCAACAAAUGUAACAGAGUUUGUAUUAAAAUGCUGACACUGAAUUUGA